AUGCGUUAUACGCUACCAAUACUAUUUCUUACGUCAAUUUCAAUUCGAACGUUUACGUGCACGUGUGACAGUUUUCGAAAUUUUAAAGUAACGAUAAUCCCAGUUGAAGGGGCCAAUUAUAAUAUUACAGUGAAUUCUUGCAUUAAUGAUGCGACAGCAGGCAGUAACGCAAUAAGGGGGUUGUACGCCAAAGAUCAAGAUUUGCCAACUCUCGCUGCGAACUCAUUUGCGAACUUAAACGAAUUGGAGGCAAUUUCGUUCGAUAAUUGUUCAAUUGAAAAUUUACAUGGAGGAGUUUUCAACAACGUUCCCCGACUUUCCCGAGUAUUUUUGGUACGUUCGUUCAUACGGAAAGUGUCCUUUGGCGUUUUUAAUAAUCUGCCCUCCUUAAUCAAAUUACGACUAAACAGUAACAAAAUCGACUGUAUCGAAGAGAACGCGUUCGCCAACAUCAAAAAGCUUAAGAAAAUUUAUAUGGGUCACAACAAAGUGCGUGAGUGGAAAGGAAAUUGGUUCGUUAAUUCGUCCUCCGUUGAAAAAGUGAAUUUUGAAUUUAAUUGUAUCGAAAGGAUAGAGAGUGGCGCUUUUGUGAAUCUUCCAAAAAUAUCUGCUAUAAAUUUUAAUUAUAAUAACAUUAGUGUCAUCGAGGCAGGCGCAUUUCAAGGCAUCACUCAUUUAAAAUACCUUGGCUUGAGAUACAAUCGCUUAACUACGCUACCAUCGGAUAUUGUGCCCAAACAUUUAUCCAUCGAUUCACUAUUUAUAGACGCAAAUAAGUUGAACUUCAUUCCAAACAAGACCUUAGAGAAGUUAUCCCUAAAAAAUAUCACGCUGGAUGGCAAUCCUUGGAAGUGUCCGUGUUUAGAAGUUAUUGGCAAGUGGUUGCGGGCUACGAAUGCCAAAGUUAAAGCAUCGAAGCACUGCAGAAACUCAAACGUACUGCAGUGUAUAAAUUUGGAAUUGCUCCAUUACGAUUGCAUUGAAAGUGUAGACAGUGGACUUACUGAUAUAUUUAUAGAUUCGUUCAAGAAUCGAAAACCGGUUAGGAACAAUACGGAACAUGAAUUUUGUAUUCGUUCAAAUUAG